AAUAAUCAUGCGUGAAAUAGUGCACAUCCAAGCCGGCCAGUGCGGCAACCAGAUCGGUGCCAAGUUCUGGGAGGUAAUUUCCGAUGAGCAUGGUAUCGACCCUACAGGGGCAUACGUCGGGGACAGUGAGUUACAACUGGACAAGAUAAACGUGUAUUAUGGAUUGGCAUCCGAAGAGAAAUAUGUUCCUCGUGCCAUCCUGGUGGAUCUGGAGCCUGGUACCAUGGAUUCGGUCCGGUCUGGACAAUUUGGGCGGCUCUUCCGUCCAGACAACUUCGUCUUCGGACAGAGUGGGGCAGGGAACAACUGGGCCAAGGGACACUACACCGAGGGAGCAGAGCUGGUGGAUGUUGUCAUGGAUGUCUUGAGAAAAGAAGCCGAAGACUGCGACUGUCUCCAGGGCUUCCAGCUUACACACUCCCUUGGUGGUGGUACCGGUUCCGGUAUGGGAACCCUUCUCAUCAGCAAGAUCCGUGAAGAGUACCCAGACCGCAUCAUGAACACAUUCAGCGUUGUGCCAUCACCCAAAGUAUCAGACACUGUUGUUGAGCCAUACAAUGCCACACUCUCAGUCCAUCAGCUGGUUGAGAACACAGACGAGACCUACUGCAUUGACAAUGAAGCCCUCUACGAUAUCUGCUUCCGUACCCUCAAGCUGACCACACCCACCUACGGAGAUCUGAACCAUCUGGUCUCUGCCACCAUGAGUGGAGUCACCACUUGCCUGCGAUUCCCUGGCCAACUCAAUGCUGAUCUCCGCAAACUUGCCGUCAACAUGGUUCCCUUCCCACGUCUUCACUUCUUCAUGCCUGGCUUUGCACCUCUGACCAGUCGAGGAAGCAAACAAUACCUUGCCUUGACCGUUCCAGAGCUCACCCAGCAGAUGUUCGAUGCCAAGAACAUGAUGGCUGCAUGUGAUCCUCGUCAUGGUCGCUACCUCACUGUUGCCGCCAUCUUCCGCGGUCGUAUGUCCAUGAAGGAGGUCGACGAGCAGAUGCUCAACGUACAGAACAAGAACAGCAGCUACUUCGUCGAAUGGAUCCCCAACAACGUCAAGACCGCCGUCUGUGACAUCCCACCACGUGGUCUAAAGAUGUCUUCCACCUUCAUUGGCAACAGCACCGCCAUCCAGGAGCUCUUCAAGCGCAUCUCUGAGCAGUUCACCGCUAUGUUCAGGAGGAAGGCUUUCCUUCAUUGGUACACUGGUGAAGGUAUGGACGAGAUGGAGUUCACAGAGGCUGAGAGCAACAUGAAUGAUCUGGUGUCUGAGUACCAACAGUACCAGGAUGUCUCUGUUGAUGACGAUGGCGACUUUGACGAGGAGGACGAAGAAGAGGACUUGGCAUAGAGCCACCCAUUCAAA